AUGAUUUUAACAGCAAAAAAUGAAAAAUUCAAAGUAGAAAUUGAAUUGGAAAGAAAAAAUAAUUCAAAAAAUUCAAAAAUAAAUUUUCAUCAAUGGAUGGUUUUGAGAAUAAAUAAAAUUGAUUUUGAGGAAGAUGAGGGGAUUUGGAAAUGCCAGAUUUUUGUGAAUGAUGAGAGGAAUAAAGAGAGGUUGAAAUUGGAGGGAGAAAGUAGAAAGAGAAUUGUGAGUAAAUUUUUUGGAAAUUUUAGGAAAAAUUUUUGAAAAUUCUUUGGAAAUUUUUUGAAAAUUUUUCGUGCCCUAACCCCUAACAAGAAAAAAUCC